UGUACCCAGCAGUAGUACUCUAGCUAGCUGACUAAUAGAGCCACACUCAUUUUCCAUUCAACAGUCGCGUUACAUAACGACAUGGCACAACCGGUAUAAAAGUUUUACAUUUUUAGCAACAUGUAUUUGUUUGAUCGAUUGUAUUGUAGCAGUUGUCAUGAAAUUGAAAAUGUAACUAGCUAGCAUUGAGGGAAACAUUCGCUAGCUAGCUAUCACAUGCACAGCUUUUGAAAACGAGGAUAUUGGAAAUUAUCACUAACAAGGCGUCACAUUAAAUAUCACAAAGUAAUGUUAUAUUGUUUUGUUAUCGAGUAAUGAUACUAAUAUAAUGUUCAUUGUUGACUGGCUACCGAAGUUAGGGAACAAUGAAUGAUUACGUGAAAAUAGAGAAAAUCGGAGAGGGUACCUAUGGGGUUGUGUACAAAGGCAGACACAAGUCGACAGGCCAGGUAGUGGCCAUGAAGAAGAUCCGACUGGAGAGUGAGGAGGAGGGAGUGCCAAGCACAGCUGUCAGAGAGAUCUCUCUGCUCAAAGAGCUAGCGCACCCUAAUGUUGUACGCCUUCUAGAUGUGCUGAUGCAGGAGUCCAGACUGUACCUCAUCUUUGAGUUCCUUUCCAUGGACCUGAAGAAAUACCUAGACUCUAUCCCCUCGGGCCAGUACAUGGACCCCAUGCUUGUGAAGAGCUAUCUGUACCAGAUCUUAGAGGGCAUCCUGUUCUGCCACUGUAGAAGGGUCCUCCACAGAGACCUGAAGCCCCAGAACCUGCUGAUUGACAACAAGGGAGUGAUCAAACUGGCAGACUUUGGGUUGGCCAGGGCCUUCGGGGUGCCAGUCCGGGUAUAUACCCACGAGGUUGUGACACUGUGGUACAGGGCUCCUGAGGUUCUGCUAGGUGCCGCACGGUACUCCACCCCUGUGGAUGUCUGGAGUAUCGGGACCAUCUUUGCGGAGUUGGCCACAAAGAAACCACUUUUCCAUGGAGACUCAGAGAUUGACCAGCUCUUCAGGAUCUUCAGGGCCCUUGGUACUCCCAACAAUGACAUCUGGCCAGAGGUAGAAUCUCUGCCUGACUACAAGAACACGUUCCCCAAGUGGAAAUCAGGGAAUCUGUCCUCCAUGGUGAAAAACCUAGAUAAGGAUGGCAUUGAUCUGCUCGCUAAAACGCUGAUCUAUGACCCACCCAAGAGGAUCUCUGCUAGACAGGCUAUGAGCCAUCCAUACUUUGACGACCUGGACAAAACCACUCUACCUGCCAGCACGGUCACGAUGUAAAUGUCACAUGGCUCUACUCAAAGGGCCUGAAAAAGAGUGCAAUUAUGGAUGUCUAUUGAAUUUGUUAAUUAGAUUUUUUUGUAUCUUUGUUCUUUCUUUGUUUGUCCUUUUUCUAUCUAAUAUGAAUAACUAUUCUGUAAAUAACUUUUAUGUAAAAAAACAAAAAGUUUGGAUCUAAAGUGACAGUAUUUUCAAUAAAUUGCACUUUUGCAGAACUGAUACUUCUAAA